AUGGCUAACCGUCGGGCUAUUGAAAGCGUUGAUACAACGCUUAGAGAUAUUAUGGACACCGAUCAAAUUUUUGGAGGAAAAGUAGUUGUUUUUGGAGGUGAUUUUCGACAAACAUUGCCGGUAAUUAGAUAUGGGAAGAAAGAAGAUUUCAUUGAAGCGAGUUUGGUUAAAUCACCCUUAAUUUGGCCAACUAUCCGACGAUUAAAAUUGGUCCAAAAUAUUUGUGCAAACGAGGAUCCGGCUUUUUGUGAGUACUUGAUGAAGAUUGGCGAUGGAACUGAACAAUUAGUUGGUCGAGACAAGAUUAAGAUUCCAUGUUCAUUCAUUAUUCCAUUUGGUGAAUACAAAGGAAAGCAUGUCUUCAUUCCAAGAAUUCCUCUAGAGCCAUCAAAGGAUGAAAAUUGUCCAAUACCAUUUAAGAGGACACAAUUUCCUAUUAAAAUCUGUUUUGCCAUGACCAUUAACAAAGUUCAAGGACAAACACUAGAUUUCGUUGGAAUUUACUUGAAAGAGCCGGUUUUUAGUCAUGGACAAUUAUACGUUGCUAUGUCUCGAGCAAAAAAGGCUGAAUCUGUCAAGACGAUUAUAUUCAGCGAUGACGGUCAAAACAAACUCACCAAUAUCACAAACAAUAUUGUUUAUCAAGAAAUCCUCGAGUACAUUUCUUAG